ACGGACAGAGACAAAAAAACCUUCGGAAAACGUAAAAACGAGGAGGAGGUGGAAACAUCUCUCUCUCUCUCUCUCUCUCUUCCCCUUCUUCUCAUUUGCUUAUCAUCACCGUUUGGCUCCUCCCGGGUCAUCUGUCGAAUCAUCAGAGCGGAAACGAAGGCGCGUCCUUUCGACCAUACCCAUCCCAUCUGCGGGUCUUGUGUCGUUCCCUGAACCUGGCAUCUACCAGUAGAAUAACUUCUGAGGUCGACGAAGCUUGGAUGUGCUCCCCUCUUUCCACCCUGUGCUUAUCUUGAAUGAGGAUGACGGGAAGGUCUUGUAUACCUUUCUCGUCGCUUGGGUGUUGGGAGUGGCUGGAGACAAAAUGCUUUCUGCUGUAAUUGUGGGGUUCAUAUCAGAUAUUGCUAUGGAGACUGCCUGCCUCUUUGUGGUCUCCCAACUCGUCUACAUCUUCUUAUAAAAGGUUAACUGUGAAUAUCUGAGCUCUUUAUCCGUCAGGAGAUUGUCGAAUCAACAUGGAAGAUCUUUCUGGCAAUCGUCCUGCCUCCAUCAUGCAACUGCCUGAUGAUUGCCUCAUCUUUAUUUUUCAAAGGCUAAAGAGUAGCAAUGAUCGUGCAUCAUUCGGCUUAACGUGUCGUCGCUUGCUUCAUGUUCAGAAUAUCUCCCGUCGAUCAUUACAAUUUGACUGUUCAUUCACCCUCUUGAAGCUUUCUCCAUCGUACCCCAAUCUUAAUGUCAACUCUUUCCAUCUUAACAGACUACUUGCACGUUUUCAGCAUCUACAGUCUCUGUCUCUUUCAGGCUGCACAGAAUUACCUGAUUCAGGCUUGACCCCAUUGCGAUCCUAUGGUUCAAGUAUUCAAAGUCUUUAUCUUGACGGCUGUUUGAAAAUUACAGACCAUGGAGUGUCUGCAAUUGCUGCUGGCUGUCGAUCUUUAAAUGUAAUCAGUCUUUACCGCUGCAAUAUUACUGAUGUUGGCUUAGAAACUUUGGCUAGUGGUUGCUCAGAUCUACAGAAUGUGAAUCUCACAUACUGUUCAUGUAUUAGCGACCGUGGUUUAAGAGCUCUAUCAGAAGGAUGCCGCAAUCUCAGGGCCAUCAAGAUUUCCCAUUGUAGUGGGGACGUAACUGGCGUUGGAAUUAGAGGUUGCUCGCCAACACUGAUACAUGUAGAUGCUGAGUCCUGUAAUCUUGAUGCCGAGGGAAUAAGAGGAAUCAUGAGCGGUGGUGGGCUUGAAUAUCUAAACAUUGGCAGCGUUGGCUGUGGGCACGGUCCUGAUUGCUUUGUCACAAUCGGCUCAGGGUUUGCUCAAAGGUUGAAAGUUCUUAACCUCCGAUUGUGCAGAUCUAUUGGCAAUGAAUCUGCUGCUGCAAUCGCGAGGGGUUGUCCGUUACUACAGGAAUGGAACUUGGCAUCGUGCCAUGGGGUCAAGACGCCGGGGUGGCAAGCUGUUGGGUUGCACUGUAAUAACCUCGAGAAGCUUCACGUGAACCGAUGUCAGAAUCUAUGUGACCUGGGCCUUGAGGCACUGAGAAGGGGGUGCAAGAAGCUUGCUGUUCUUUAUAUCGGCAGGGGUGCUCGCGUCUCAGGUCUUGCAAUAGAACUGUUCAAAAUGCAAAGAAACAGUGUUGAGAUGAAGGACGAAGAGGUAACGUGCCUAGCACCUGAGCGGGCGGCUUCAUGGUAGUACAUACAUGAUUUGUUCUCUGGUGACUUUCGACAUUAAGAUGCAUCGAAUCAGAACAUGGGGGAGGGGUUGAUUUAAUGGAUCCUCUUGGUUUGGUGCUUGUUUUCUAUGGUAAUUGAGAUCGUUCCUGUACGUUCAAAUUUUGGUGCACUGAGAAGCUUCCUUUCGACCAAACUUUGGAGGCGGUGAUUCAUGCUUAGUGAAAUUGUAUAAAAGUGUGUUGUGCACAAACGUAUAUGGAAAAAUAACACAAAUGAUCUCUCAAUGUUGAUCAAAUUUGCAAUGUUAUCCCUGAAUUUUUAGUUUGCUAAA